AUGUCGGCCUGGGACAUCGCGGAAGUCAAGAUUGGCAAGAACGUGAGCCGCGGCGGCGGUGCGCCGCGCGAGACCGUCGUCCGCGGCCAAUCCGCCCUCAACGCCGCGCGGCGCUCCGGCGCGACCAUCACCACCGAGAAGAAGUUCUCCACCGGCAAUGCUGCCUCCAAACCCGCGGUCGAAGGCCAGCGGCUGACGAUGGUGGACCGGGCCGACGACAUCGUCAAGCCCAAGACGGUCGGGGCGGAGGUGGGCAAGGCGAUCCAGAAGGCGCGCAACGAGUACGCGCAGGCGAACGGGGGCAAGGGCCUGACGCAGAAGGAGCUGGCGACCAAGUGCAACACGACGCCGUCGGUGGUGGCGGCGUUCGAGCGCGGCGACGCGGCGCCCGACCAGAAGGUGCUGGCCGCCAUGGAGCGCGUGCUCAACGUCAAGCUGCGCGGGAGCGACAUCGGCAAGCCCAAGUUUGAGAAGAAGGAGAAG